CCGGGAGUAAUUUCCGCAAAAAUCCGAGUAAUUCAGUCGUAUGGUUCUUCAUGGUGGUAUCAUCUUUGUUAUCGGCUACCAUUCACCACCUCCUUACCGUCAGACACCACGAUUCCAGAGGUCAUUCCAGAGCACAUUGGCCAUCUCACACCUUAAUCCGGUCUCUCAUGGACGCCGAUUUGUUGGACUGCGAGCAUCUAUCAAUUUUAAGCUCGGUUUCAAUUCAUUCCACAUCCGAUUUCAAGAUCUGUUGACAUCUCCUCUAGCUGGUAAAAUCUAUCACCUUUUACUAAUUUCUUAUGUAUUUAAGUCCUUCAAUUUUUACUCAUGCUUAUGGAGUUGCGGUGUGUUUGCUCUCUUUGGUUUUAAAUUUGAUUGUUUCUGCCUCUGUGUCUCUGUGAUGUGGUGUAAAAGUGUGUAGAGUGAUUAGGGUAGGAUGGAGUCUCUUGGAUUUCAAUGCAAAAUAUUUAGUUAGAAUUUGAUAAUGCUACACGCACCCCAGCUUACCUUAUAAUACUAACAGAUAGGCAGGUAUGCUUAUUCACCAGCAAUGUGUUAGAAAAUUUGAAAAUUGGGUAAAGAAGAAAAGAAAAGGCCAUAGGGUUAUAAAGGAGAAAGAUAGGGGUAUUUGGACCAUCUCAUUCAUAGGUGCUGGAGGCGUAUGAGCUGAAAGGAACAUUGAGGAAUGUCGUCCAGUUCACCAUCCUAGGUGAGCUGUUUCAAAAUAUUGUUUUACUUAACCACAACAUCAUUCACAGCUUGUCAAGGAUCAUUCUCAUCAUGCUCAAACACUUUUACCUCUUACAGACUUUUCAUUUCAUCUUCCUUUUAUUCUUUAGUUGUGCCAUAUAAGUUGAAAGUCUUAACUGCAGAAUGUAGAGCAAGAACCAAGUUUCCUGAAGGUUUGAAUUGGGAAAACCAAUUUUCAGAACCUCCCCAACGUAUUAGAAGCAUCUGCCAUAUUCCUUGUUUUCUUGUUAAGUCUCUUUUAACAUUUAAAAGACCUAGUAACAUUAUGAUUUGACAUAUUUAUUGAUCUGUCCGCAUUUGUUUGAUUAUCAGAAGUAUUAUUCAAGCUAGAAAGAAUGCUCUUUGAGCACAGCAAGUGACUUGUUUCUAAAAAGUCCGAGUGCCUAUUUUCAGCUUCAGGUGUUUCACCACAUCGAGAAGUGAGCAAUCUUUAGAUUUUUUUUUGCAGCCAGUAAUGCAAAAAUAAUUGAUAGGAUUAUACUCCGGGAACACAUGUGCAUCUUAUGGUCAGUUUGGACCAAUGUUUGAGGGUGUUUUGCAUAAAACAUACAUAAAAGGUAGUUGGUUCAUUUUUUGCACAAAUUCCAUUGCAGGCUUUUUUGUUUUUUGAACGGCUCCUCUGUACUCAAUAAUUCAGUCACUCGAAUUUAAAAGUGCAGUUAUUAUACCAUUAUGUAUGCAUUCAGGCCGGCUUAGAGGGUCGAUUUUAUUAGAAGCCGGGACUACUCUAUUAUGAAAGUUGAUGAAACAGGGGGUGAAGCAUUAAAGACUAUUCUGAUACUCACUUUUUGUAUAAGUGAGUAUAAGUUUUUUGUUAGUGUUUACUUUGUGAUACUUUUCACUUUGUUUGUUAUGUAUUUGAGUUGGGAAAACCUUAACAUAGGGGCUGCGUUUGUAUAGCAAAAAUGUACACACUAUGGAUGUUGUUUUGGUAGGGUUGGCUUAGUUUGUAACAUUUAUGUUGGAAAAUAU